AGAUCCAAGUCGAACCGAACCAUUUGGAGCUACGACAUUACUGCACGUUAAUCGCGCGGGUCGCGGAUUACCAUUUUAUUGAACUUUCUGCUACUUAUUUGUGAAUACCAGGGAUAAACACUGCCCAAAGCUGUCAAGUACCCUUCAGUAUAACCGUUAAAACUUUCAAGGACUUCGGCAGUUGAGGAAAGACAAAGGCUACUUUUUCAAUUUUUCUUUGCUCAUUCAUGCAAUAUUUUUCCAUGUCAUUGUUGACAUCAUGCCGGCACCUGAGGCUAAUCACAACAGCCGUUUGGCUAAGUUCAAAAAUAAUUUCAAAACUGAGGAUGCUCGUAGGAGACGUAAUGAAGUAUCAGUAGAACUACGCAAAGCACGUCGUGAUGAUCAGCUUCUAAAACGUCGGAAUUUGACCAUCGAACCUGAACCUCUGAAAUCACCAGACGACCAUGUCCAGUCUCCCAUAGGGAUGUCGAUUGAUGAGAUAGUUGCAGGAAUGAAUAGUCCCGAUGAGGUACUCCAACUGCAAGCGACACAAGCUUGCAGAAAAAUGUUGUCACGUGAGAAGCAUCCGCCCAUUGACAUAAUGAUUUGCAAAGGAAUUGUUCCUCGGUGCAUCGAAUUUCUUUCUUACCAUCAUAACCCAGCGCUACAGUUCGAGGCUUCUUGGGCCUUAACAAAUGUGGCUUCAGGAACCUCAGAGCAGACCAUGAUUGUUGCCAGUAAUGGGGCUAUUCCUAAACUUGUAGAGUUGUUAAAGUCACCAGCAACGAAUGUAGCUGAGCAAGCUGUUUGGGCUCUGGGGAAUAUUGCUGGGGAUGGUCCUAGUGCUCGCGAUCAGGUAUUGGAAGAACAGUGUAUGCCAUUGCUCUUAAAUCUCAUAAAAACUGACACUUCAGUUUCCUUCACGAGAAACAUCGUUUGGACAAUUUCCAACUUAUGCAGAAAUAAGAAUCCACCACCAUCAUUUGAGAUUGUUAAAUUGGCCUUGCCUGUUCUCAAUCGUCUGCUCACUGGAGAGGACCCUGACAUCUUGGCAGACACCUGUUGGGCUUUAUCUUAUCUCACUGACGGUGAGAAUUUCAAAAUUCAGGCUGUAGUUGACUCCGGCGUUGUCCCGAAGCUUGUCGCACUUUUAGCCUCACCUGAGGCUAGCGUUUUAACACCUGCAUUGAGAGCCGUAGGAAACAUUGUUACUGGUAAUGACACCCAGACUGAUGCUAUUAUUAACGCUGGAGGAUUACCAAAUUUGAAGGGUUUAUUAGAGCAUAAGCGAGUGAAUAUUGUCAAGGAAGCUGCAUGGACCAUUAGCAAUAUUACUGCUGGAAAUCAUGAGCAGAUCCAACAUGUGAUCAAUGCUGGAAUCCUCCCCCCUCUUGUGCAUGUUCUUGCUACGGGUGAUUUUAAAGCACAAAAAGAAGCAGCCUGGGCAGUGACAAACCUGACUUCGGGGGGCUCAAUUCCCCAGUUGGUGCAGUUGAUUCAACACGGUGUAUUGAAGCCAUUCUGUAAUAUUCUGCAGGCAAAAGAUCAGAAAGCAAUUAUUGUUGUCCUGGAUGGAUUGACAAAUAUUUUGAAUGCAGCAGAAAAAAUGGGACAGCUGGAACAAGUUGCUCUGAUGAUAGAGGAAGUUCGUGGGCUUGAUAAACUAGAGGACCUUCAACAUCAUGAAAACGAAAAGAUUUACCAGAAAGCAGCUUCAAUGAUUGAUACUUUCUUUUCAGAACCGGAGUCUGAAAGUGCUCAAAUUGCUCCUGCAACGGUUGACGGUCAACUCGACUUCCAUUCUACAGAUUCAGCACCACAAGGCGGAUUCCAGUUUUAAUUAUGUCACCUAGAGUAAUUAGUUUAAUUUUCACCCGCAUAAUUUUGAUUUCAUAAAUACACUUUUACUUUAAAAAGGAUAAAGAAUGAGCACAGCAGGUAUUUUCAGAUUGCAUGUUUGCUAUGGAUUAAUUGAGAAAUCUUUGGUGUCGGAAAGUGAAGAUAAAAGAGGACCUUCACCUUGCCCCACAGUUCAUUUGACAUCUUUUCUUAUACAAUUUUAUUUAUUCUCAUGAAUUCGAACCAAUUGGUAGCAUUCCACUCGUUGCAAGACCAUAUUCGUUAGUUUUUGAUCAUUCCUCGAUUUUUGUAUCAACGCAAAAUGCGCUAUAUUUUCGUUGAAAAACUAAUUGUGAUUUUUUCUAUUUUAUUACAACAAAAUAAUACAUUAAGUUCCAAAUCCUUCCAUACGGUUUUAGAGUUUGGGUGAUUAUGGAAUUCUACUUACUUCCAUUAAUUCAAAGCGUUCAGCAUUUUGGUCGAUUCUUUAUUGGCUCCAUGGUCACUUAUAAUUUCUGACGUUCUACCGAGGAUUUAUUCAAAUUAUUGUGCAUAGGUGGUAUUUUUCAUUAUUAAUAAAAAAAAUUUUUGAUAGUAAAAA